AUGAUUCGAAGGGAUAGAACAAAAGUCAAGCCGUACGAUAAAAUUGAGCCAAAGACUUCGGGCUCUCAGGGGCUGAUGGGCAGACUGCGAAGGAUUUUUUCACGCUCUCCGCAGCCCUCUGGGGAAAACAACGUGGCCGACGUUUCGAAUGUCUCGAAUGUCUCAAACCUCUCAGUGCUGAGUGACGCCAAUCCAAACAGAACGCUUUCUGAGUUUUUCAAAAGCAAGGGAGAUGCUCCUCUCAACGACAUUGAAGUGGAGGGAGUGCUUUCUCUGAUCAACAAAGUGCACCAGCAGAACCAAUCGCAACUGGAGACAUUUCGUCAUUCUCAGAAUGAGUCUCAGUUUUUGUCCUCAUCCGGGCUCAAACCUAACGAAAGUAGCUUUUUCAGCAAUCCGACCGUGUUGCGACCUGCUUCUGUGAAGCCAACUGCCAAAGACGUGCCCACAUAUACUCCCAGAGAGGACAAGAUUAUUCGGCAUCCGCAACCAUUUCCAACGACGCUCAAAAAACGCGUGGUCCAAUACUCAAGCUUGCCUUCGCCUUACAGGAUGAGACUUGAGACGCCUGUGAAACCACGCGUGGAGAAAAGGGAAAUUAAGAGCAGGACUGCUAAUAAAGUGCUGAGCAUAUUGGAGAACCCAGACGCACUGGAAGAAAAGGAGGACAAGAGUCUAGACGAGCAAAAAUCUCCAGUCGCUAAGGUCAAGCCUAACUCAUCCACUCCCGAGCCACAGCCGCUUCCAAAGGAAACUACGGUGCCUAAGGAAGAGCCAGAGAUUAUAGAGAUUGAUUCUGAAGACGAUAUGCCAGAACAGAAGUCCGAGCCUACGCCGGAGCCAGUGAAACCAGAACUGCCAGUGCAGCCAGUGCAACCCCAGAAGCCUAAAGAGAACAAACCUGCAGCUAGUCCACCAUCUACCUCAUUGCCUCUUUUUGCUGCUUCCAAAGGUGCCGAGCCAGUGGAGCAAAAUAAAGCAAAAAUUGAAGAGUUGCCUCAAGACACGCCAAUCGAGCCGGCUGUUGUUUCUAAGCCUGAGGUGGUCCCUGAAGAAAUACAAAAACCCAAGUUCACCUUCAGACCAGCCGAGGCGAAGCCCUUCGUUCCUAACGUCCCGUCAAAGUCGUCAUCUUUGGAGAUUAUCGAGAAAUUCACAUUCCCAGAGGUUGAGACCCCAAGCUCACCUGAGACACCAUUCUUGCCGCUACCUCAGCCAGCAGUGAUCGACCACUUCUCUUUCCCUGAUGUCGAGACGCUGGAUCCUGAAACGCUCAACAGCAUUAAUCCAGAAGCUGUCAAACUCUAUAGCUCUGUGUUCACGUUCUGA